UCGGAAUAAGUUUAAAGUUCAGGUAUUUACGGUUUAUUUUUAACUAGGAAGUUGAAGGCAUCACGAGAAAGUGAGUCAACACAAUCGGGUUUUUCUUAAUCCGUCGUGAAACUGAAUUUGAAGUAUUUCUUCCAUUGAUACUACAGUUACAAAAUGCAGUUUUACGCCAUACUGUCAUCAUUGUUUGUUGGUAAUAUAGUUUCUUUAUCUCUGAAAUUCACAUCAAUUCGUUUGAAUAAUGAAUGGGAAUCAUACAAGAAAUCAUAUAAUAAAAUAUAUAAAGAUAACAAUGAAGAAUUGCAAAGACGAGUGAUCUGGGAAGACAAUGUCCGUUUUAUCGAGCAUCACAAUAUGGCAGCAGAUCGUGGAGAACAUAGCUACUGGCUUGGAAUUAAUCAUUUUGCUGACAUGUCAGAGAUAGAAGUGACUCAGAAAAUGAAAGGAUACAAAAGGUCAAACGAUGUCAUAAACGGUGGCUCUACAUAUCUCCCGCCAAAUAAUGUCCAAAUUCCCGAAGAAGUUGACUGGCGACAGCAAGGCUAUGUUACUACUGUCAAAGAUCAGGGACAAUGUGGAUCAUGCUGGUCAUUUUCUUCCACUGGUGCCCUGGAGGGUCAACAUUUCAGGAAAACAGGGAAUUUGGUUUCUUUAUCAGAACAGAAUCUCGUAGAUUGUACUUUUAAGUAUGGCAACGAUGGGUGUGCUGGAGGCUGGAUGUACAGUGCAUUCCAGUAUGUUAAAGACAAUAAUGGAAUAGAUACAGAAUCAUCUUACCCGUAUGAAGCCCGGAAUGGGACCUGUAGAUUUCAAGAGUCCGAAGUCGGAGCUACAGACACAGGUUAUACUAAAAUCCCGCAAGGGGAUGAACAGGCUUUAAAAUCUGCCGUAGCAACAGUCGGUCCGAUAUCAGUAGCUAUUGAUGCUGACAGAAAAUUUCAGCUUUAUGAGAGAGGAGUGUUUGACGAACCAGCCUGCAAUACCUCUUUCAUUGACCAUGCAGUUUUAAUUGUGGGAUAUGGUGUACAGAAUGAACAGGACUAUUGGUUGGUAAAGAACAGUUGGAGUGAAAGCUGGGGAUUAGAUGGAUAUAUCAAAAUGUCGAGGAACAAAGACAACCAAUGCGGCAUAGCUUCUUACGCCAUGUACCCUCUCGUUUGAUAGCAUCUCGUGAUGACCAGACGCAAUGUAUAGGCCUUUAGUUUGAAAGUAUAUCGCGAUGACAAGUUUAUUGCUGUAUAUGGCAUGUGACAUCUUGUUAAAUAUCACCUCGUGAGGAAAAGACGCGUGGACCCUAGACUUCUUGCUUGAAAACAUACCAUGAGGACCCAAGAAUUGACUGACAAAGUGUAUAUAUUUUUUAUUAAUUGUUUUAUGUUCUAUGCUUUAUCAUUUUGGUAAGUCCGUAGCGGGCUAUGGUUGACAUCUGUUUGCUAUUGGUUGUCUAUUCGAACUGGUAAUUUGAAAUGGUUGGUGUGUGCUCCGUAAGUGAAAACAAUAAACAUGUUUUUCGUUUUGUAUAGUCAAAACAUAAAACCGUUUACAGUAUUAACGAUUCCUUGCAUUGGUCGAAGUACAUUUGCUAUUAUUUUUGUUUAUAAUUACUGUUUUUAUUAUUUGUAUUUUUAUUACCGUGAAACGAGAUAUUUUCGAGUGAAAUUAAUUUUUGCUAUAUUAUGGACAUUUUUUUAUCGUGAGCACAAAUGUAUCCUACACAAUUAGUUCACCGUCUACGUGUGUAAUGUAAAAGGCCGUAAAACUAUCAAUAUAAGGAAAAUCGCCGUCCCUUCUAUUAACAAUCUUCAAACCAAACGGUCCGAGUACACAGUUAUUUCGUUGUGCAUUUCUUUUAGACAAUAAAUGAAAAUUAAAAAUAUCCCACCUGCGCUUUCUCAAUAAUAUUUUUACAGUGUGUUGUACUACUUUUGGAACAAAUUAUAUCAAAAUUAUAGAAAACUUAGUCGGCUCUAACUCAAAAUAUGGACAAUUUCAUGUUAAGGGGGUCUUCAAAUCUUUUGACAGCUUCCGAAGUGCUAAUUUUUUACAUUUUUCAGCUGGACCAAAUCACUACUUAACUUUAAAAUUCAUGACCCAAAUUUUUUUACAGUGUCAUUUCACCCCCCCCCCCCCCCCCUACUUACUAUUUGAGUCAUAAAACAUGGAGAAAAAAAUUUGGAAGGGGUAUAAAAAAAAUCGACAAGUAACACACUGUCCACACUAGGGACUAUAUUCGUGGACAACGAAAAUCAAAGGACGAUAACUGUGUACCCGGAACAAACGCGACAUUAGAAUAAACCGUUACAUGAUGCAUGAACAACAUGUUUGUUUAAUAUAUUAAGAUUAGAAUGUGUUGAGUCUUCAGCUCUUUAUUAAUUCAAUGGGUAUAGUAUUGCCAAUAAAACAAAGCAAUGCAAAGCAA